UAAGCGUCUCAGUAAGCAACUCCGACAUGAUAUUAGAGUUCUUUGAACUUUUGUUCUCCGCCGUUCCAAAGCGUAUGUCGAUUUUAAGAAUCUCUACGCAGGGUUUCAAACGCGUUGUUUCAUCUUUUUUUUCACAAUCUGAAACACUCUCACUUACUGAUUCAUCACCUUAAUCCUCUUCUUAACUCCAUCAACCACGAUCUAAUAGACUUCAAUUCAACCCUCAUACAAGCCACUGUGUACAAGCAUCUUAUAAAGGCGGGUUCAAUAAGCGGUUUUGAUGUGACUCAUAGCAAUCUGAAUGACUCUCCUCUAUCGAUUUGACUCAAUCGUCGAGUUGCGUCUCCACCAUUUCGAGAUCUUGAACCAACAGUGCCACUACAACCAAAAAUAAACUCUGCUGCAUCUACAAACCAAUAAGAACCGUGGUCCGGCAUGCAACAGAAACCAUAGAGAGAAGACAGAUCUCACCAAGCUCAUGAACAAUCUCAAAAAUCAGACCCAAAACUCAUCAAAAUUGAAAAUGAUAAAAGGCUAGACAUAAAGAAAGAGAAUCUACAGAGGAUCUAACCGGUGGUGGUGCUAUCAGAUCCAGCGUGUGCCGGUCAGCGGAAAGUUUAUUUCUUGGCGGAGAGAGGGGUAGGAGAAGAAAUACAGAGGAGAGAGAGAGAGAUGAGAGGUUAAAAUUUGAACCUUGUUUUAUCAUCUCUUUUAUCUUUCUUCUUUUCUUCAUGUAAAAUUUUCCUCUCACUCUCAACGUUCAUUAAAGCAAAAAGACAUUCUCUAAAUGUGUCGUGAAUCUUAUCAUCAAUUUUAAUCCUUGCAUACUUCAUUUCCAGCACCAAUUAUAUAUUAAAUGUAUCCUCCGCAACUUGUCUUCAUCACCAUCACAUCAAUUACAUCGAUGUUAGAUGCGCCAUAUAUGCAUGUGAAUCAUAUAUUUAAAAAAAAAUCAAACCUUCCAAAGAGAUUACGAUUGGGGCCAUAUAUGCAUGUGAAUCAUAUAUUUAAAAAAAAUCAAACCUUCCAAAGAGAUUACAAUUGGUUACCUGAUUUUACCGACUCAAUAUUCUAUAACCAUCAGAACGACUCUCAGCUUCAGCCAUUUCGAAACACAGUACAUGAGGACAGAAGAAACACAAUGAAUUAAUAGUACGUUAACAAUGUUUUAACGCUAAGCUGUAAUAUAAAAUAUCAUUGAAAUUUUUAAUAGAUAACUUUGUUUAUUAUAAAAACAUACUUAUCAAGUAACAAAAACAAUGACAUCAAAUCGAAUAUGUUAUUUCCCUUAUAUACCUUAAUUAGAUAUAAUUUUUGAUUUAUAUAUAAUAUGUUAAUUGUUAAACGUGAAGAAUAUAUCAGUUGAAUAGGUAAUUAUUAAGUUAACCAAAUAACCUAAUUUGUACAAUCUAACAAAAUAUAUAUCAAUUCAUGAUAGCUAUUUUAACAUCUUACCAAUUAAUUUAAAAGUGAUAACAUGUUUUGUAAGAGAGAACCAAACAUGUAUCGGCUAAUGACAACAUAUUAUAUAAACAUGUAACUUCUAAUUUUGAACGUAUGAUGUUAUAUGACUUGUUAGAGUGGUAAACAAUUUUGUACCAUUUAACCAACUAUGUAUCAGCCAACGUCGGCUAUUUAUUAACAGCUUACAAACAAGUUUUAAAAACUUCAACAUGUUUUGAAACAGCUAAACAAACAUUUCUAUGCUCACAAUACUUAAUGUUUAGCAUCUAAUCAAACAUUUAUUAGUUAAGUUUUUAAAUAGAGACUACAAAUACUUGCAACUGAAAUGUUAGAUUCAUGUCAUUUUCAACUAUGUUUGAGAGACUUCAUUCUUUAUAACUACACGGCUCAUCCAUACGUCUAUGUGCUUACUAGCACGUCACAUGAAUCCGUAAAAUCUCUCCAAUACGCACAAUGGCGAUCGAGAUCAAGUGAACCGACAAAGAAGGUAGUGAUAGUACUUGUUAGAUCUAGGCUAUGUGUUAAAUGAAGCAUGCAUAACUGCAAACUCAUUUACGCCUGUGAAAUAGAAAAACAAGAAGUAUUUAUUUUAGAAUUGAAAAAGUAUAAACUAUAUUUAGAGAUUUUAGGGAGAUAAGAAAGAGAAAUACAAAGAAGAAGAUAGAUAAAAAGAAGAAGAUUGUUUCGGCAUAAAAUUUAUGAAGACACGUGAGAGAGGAGAGUGAUAGUUUCGGCAGAGGUAAUAUUGGAUUAUGAAAAUGUCAAUAUUGUCAAAAAUAGUGUUAGGAUAGUUAGCUAAUAUUUUUUUGUAUGUAUAUGAAGCCUAAUUACUCUAAAAUAUAUUUUAUAAUUUGAUCAAAUUAUAACUGCAAAAUAUUUAUUUUUAUCGUUUCAACUAUGAUACAUAUUUCUAAAAUUUUGAAAUUAAAAUAUUUAUUUAAUUUUAUAUGGUAUAAAUAUUAAUUUAAACGAUACUAAUAUAUAUAUUUUUAUUCUGAAUAUCUACUAAGUAAAAAGAUUUUACUCAUGUGAUUUUAUGAUUAUUUGAAUCUUGCUAUAAUAAAAAAAUUAAGUCGUUGAUCACAAAAUUUUUAAUGUGGAAUUUUAACAGUCUUAUUAAUUCAUAGUCGUUUAAAACUAUGUACUAGUUCUUUAUUUUUAUUAAGUGUGUUCUAUUCUCACACUCUUGAUAUUGCUUCAAAAAAUUUAUUCCUAUUAAUUUUAUCAUAUUUAUUUUGGUAAUGUUUUUUAUUAAUAUAUAACAUAUACCAUAUAUAUAAAUAUUAACUAUAUAUACAUAUAACACAACCAAAUAAAUAUAUAUAUAUAUAUAUAUAUAUAUAUAUAUAUAUACAGUUUAAAAGUUUACUAAAUAUCCAAAAUUAUUUGAAGCACAAAUUAUUAAAUGUUAUCUAACCUAUUCAAAAUUAUCCGAAUACUUUUAUCUCAAAUAUCUAAAUAAUAUGAAUUAUCCGACAGUUCUAUCUAAAUCAUCUUAAUUACUCGAUGUUUUUUUAUGAAGUAUCCAAAUUUUAGUUGAAUUACCCAAGCAGCCUGUACUCAAGAUAACUGAACCGGAACCAAACAAGACCCUAAUUUUUUUUGAAUAUUAGAUGGUUCGACUAAAAAUUAUCUGAACCGAUCAAAACGAAAAGUUAACGAUUCUUAAAUAAACUAGGAGUUCUCUCUCCUCCUUCUUAGAGAGAGAUAAUUCUCUCGGUUUCUUCUUCCCUCUUAACUCAAUUCUAUCUUUCAGAGGGAAAGGAAUCAUGGGGGAGGAGAAGAGAAUUUUUGUUUUCUGAUCAAUAGAUCAGAUCCCUUUGUCUUGUAACAUAUUUUCGAUCUCUUGAUCGAAUAUCUUUUCGGUUAGCCGAUUUUCAUCUUCGCAAGGCGAAUCUUUUUGUAGUGGUUUCUAGCUUGUCUUUUCUCUCCUCCUUCAUUUUAUCACGUUCCGGUUACCUCUUUGAUUUUCUUCUGUUCUGUCGGUCAUGCUCAAUCUCUAUCUUUAGAUGAAAUCAAUCUUUGCCAUUAAAACUGAUUUAGGCAAAGUAUUCAGAAAGGAUAGAAGCUUGAGGUUUACAUAAAAGUCUUCCCGGUUUGGCUCAGUUUAAGGAGAGUCAAAGCUUGUUUCUACAAGUGUUUUGACAAUAACUGAUAUCAAAUCGAUUGAAGCUUUGUGGAGCACAACACAUCCAAGGAAGAGACUGAAGAUCAUAGAAGGCAAAGGAGCAUAGGAGAGUAAGUUGGUAUUCGGUACUGGUAUCGCGGCGGAGAGAAGAUACAGGAAGAAAUGCAUCGGAAAGUCACGGUGGAGGAGCUCUGAAGCGGACAUGCUUACCGCUUUUUGCAUGUUGGACGCGUGUCAGAUGAUGUGUCUCGUGCGGCUCCAUUGAUCGUCAACGUCAAUACACGAAGACUUUAGAGUUUAGAUUAUUGCUUUUUUGGACUGUAAUUUUAUUACUCUCUGUUGGGUUUUGUUAUGUAUAAAACCUAAAUACCAUGUGUAAUUUUGCCAUUUGGGUCAGAUCAAUGAAAAUUAAGUUGACAAAAGAAAAAAAAAACUUUAAAAUUUUUUCUAGCUGAACUAUUCAAUGCCCAAAAUAAGUGAUCCGAACCAAGAUCCCAAAUGUCCAGGCCCAAAUAUCAAUACUUGACAAAAAAAUUGACAAAAGGAAGACUAGGGAUGGUUAUCUAAUAACGUAGAUAGUUGGAGGGUCGUAUACAAAAUCUCCAAAGACGAAUGUAAAAAAGUUAGGCAGCUACAGAAAACUCAUCAGAAACGCGAGCGAAAAUGGGAUUCUAGCGUUUUCUCUAGUCGCCUAACCUUCUUCUUCUUCUUCUUCUUCUUCUUCUGACCCUUACAACCUGCAAUCUGCAUCACAACUCAGGUGUCCUCUCUCGUUGCUUUUCGACACGAUUUCAGUAGUUUUGAUUUCUGAUUACGGAUUUCGACAUUGUCUGCCUGCCUCUAGGGUUAAUCGAGUAGAACUCGGGUUUGUGAUGAUGCUCUUUCUAGGGUUUUAGAUUCAUCUCUUACGCUUCCAUUUUGUCGAUUAGCGUGAUUAGGUUUCUCUGGAUUGCUUACCUGUUUGUGUGAAAGUAACAUAUGUGAUCUGAAUGUUAUUGUAAAGGAGGCAUCUUUGAAAGCAAAACAUUAAUAUUGAAUGGAGUGCAACCGAGACGAGGCCUUAAGGGCCAAAGAAAUCGCAGAGAGCAAGUUCAAAAUGAGAGACUUUGCAGGAGCCAAGAAAUUCGCCUUGAAAGCUCAAUCUCUCUUCCCAGAGAUGGAAGGCCUGUCUCAGAUGCUAUCCACUUUCCAUGUCUUCAUCGCUGCUGAGACCAAAGUCAACGGGGAAGUCGACUGGUACGGUAUACUCGACGCCAAUCCUCGAGAUGACAACGAGACGCUGAAGAAAAAGUACAGGAAGCUCGCUCUUAUGCUUCACCCCGACAAAAACAGCUCUGUUGGAGCCGAUGGAGCUUUCAAGCACGUCUCCGAAGCUUGGAAGUUCUUGUCUGAUAAGGAGAAGAGAGCUGCUUUUGAUCGUAAGAAGAGUUUGUACACUAUGUAUAACAAGGUUUCUGUCUCUUCUUCUAACAGCGGCUUCUGCAAUUUCGCCAACAACGCUAGUUUUGCUUCAAACGUUAGGCCACCGCCUCCGCCAACGCAGAAGAAGAACAAUCCUCCACCGACCCAUAAGAGCAAUCCUCAGAAGCCUGCUCAGAAAACAGGACAGAGUGAUCAUCAUCAUACAGCUGCAGCUGAUACUUUCUGGACAGUCUGUAGGAGAUGCAUGACGCAGUACGAGUAUCUUAGGACUUAUGCCAACUGUAACCUUCUGUGUCCUAACUGUCUACAGUCCUUUUCAGCGGUACAAGUCCCUAAACCGGGUAUGUUAAGCCACUGGAGCCGUCUCAGCAGUGCAAAGCCAAAGUCAGCUGAUGCUGCUAUUCCAGGUGUAUUCAACAACUCCAAGUGGGCAUUCUCAAGAACCAGCAGUGCAGCUCAUGCUGCGUGUAUGGUUCAAAAGGUUUAUGAGAAGGUGAAGAAAGAUCGCGAGGAGGCAGAAGCAACUGAUAAAAGAGGAAGGAAGAAUGCCAAAAGGAAGUGCAUUACUACUGAUUCGUCUCUUAAAAAGAGGAAGGUAAUAGGAGAAACCGAGACUGGUGUCUCUGGUGGAAGAAAGGUCGUUUACUAUGCGAUUGCUGGUGAAAACGGAAGGAACAUGGGAAAGUUACAUGUAACGAGAGAGAGAGCAUCUCCCAGACUCAAGAAAAAGAUUAGCAAGGAGGCUGUAACAAGGGAGGUGAAGUCGCGUUAGCGUUCUGAAUCAAUUGAGGUAGAUUUUUUUAAGUUAUCAAGGCAUAACUGUGUGGUUGAUGUGUCUACUAUAUAUCAGCUUCAGGCCAUCACUCCUAGGAUACAUAUAUUUUUGUAAUGCGGGUCAUUUGGUAAUCUCUUGGUUCUAACAUUGUAGAGAACAGGAUGGAUCUUUUUUUUCUGGGGGGUAGAUGAUUGCAAACUACUUCAACAUUUUUAACAGACUCAGUGUGUGUCAAGUUGUGUUUGUACCAAACAAUCAUCACUUGUUCUUAUGGUCUUUUUUCAUCUCAGUCA